AUGAUUGAAGGUGAGCAUAUAGUGGGAGAUACAAAUAGAGGAACGAGAAAAAGAAAAAUAAAUACUACCUCAAAAGAACGUAAGAGAGAAAUAAGAUAUUCAAAUUUAGACCCAGAUUUACUGAAUUUUAAAAAUAACUGCGACCAUAGAUCAAACAAAUUUGAAUGUAUGGAACUUUUGUUGGCCGACAUAAAAAUCAUUAGACAGAACUUCUACAAUGACGAAAAAAAGAACAAAAAUGCGCAGGAUAACAAAUUAGCUCAGAUGAUGAAUGUAAAGGAAAUAAAAAGGCAAAGGAAGAGAAAGAAUGGAAAAUCACACGAAUUUCACACAGAAUUUUAUGUUUGGCAUAAUAGGAAAAAAGUCUUUGUUUGCCAAAAAUUAUUUUCAUCCAUUUUUAAUUGCGGCCCAAGAAGAAUUCAUACAAUAGUAAGAAAAAAGAUGCAAGGCAUUGGUAUAAAAGACAAUCGUGGUGGGGACAGGAAGUCCAAGAAAAAUGCACUCAAACUAGAAAGUGUCAUGAAGUUUGUAUCGUCUUUGAGGGGUCAUGAAAGCCACUAUGGUAGAGGCAAGUCUAGAAGAAUCUAUUUGUCAUCUGAAUUAAACAUAAAAAAACUCUGGAAGAUGUAUAAUCAUCAAGUUCAAGAUGAUUCACUCCAAACAAACUACAAGUACUUUAGCAGAAUUUUCAGCAAUAAGUUUAAUAUAGUUAUGUCUAACCUCAUCAUGCAUCAUCCUAGAUAA